AUGAGACAACUUCAGCAUAACGGCAUCUUCGAAGGUCCUGAGGAGAGUAGGACAUUGGCCCUGGACAGUGUUGCAUUACAGAAAGGCCUAUACAAGGUGAUCGUCAAAAUGCUGGUCAUCUGUUUGAUUGCCGAUGCAACAACCCUUGAAGGGGCCAGAGAGGCAGUGGAGGAGGCCACAGAAGAGCUCUCACUCUUGGGCUCCUUGCAAUUUGUGGGAAACAUGACCCAGAGGGAUGAGCUCCUGGCGGCCGCUCUUCACCACUAUGUUGAUGGACGCAAGGUGGAAGCCCUCCAACAGUUUUGCGAAGGUCUUAAAAUUGUUGGAGCAUUGGACGCUUUGAAGGCCCACCCAACAGUCCUGAAGAGUGUGUUUCUUCAGGACCAGAAGCCACUCCUGGCGUCCGAAAUGAUAGAACUGUUUAAGACUGGGAGGGUUUCGGGGCCUGGUUCCAACCGCAGGCGGAUGGAUGCCAGGACCAUUGGCUUUUGGCAGGACUGGCUGCUGCAGGUGGAGGAUGGAGAAAGCAUACAGAAUGUCGGAGAUGUGUUGGCCUUUGCCACCGGCCUACGGAAAAUCUCUGCUGUAGGGUUUCCAACCCAGCCCAAACAAAAUGUCCUCCACCCGGAGGACGGGCCAGCAGGUUUCCCCACGGCCAACACCUGUGGACUGAUCCUGAGGCUGCCAUUUUAA